UCCAUCCUUUAGAAUUCUCAAUCCCCAAUCUCUCGAUGAAAUCAAUACACAUUCCGUGAUUGUUCAUUCUUGCAAAACUUUGAAUUUCUAACCUUAAUUAUAAAAUCAAGGUUUUGAAGUUUGUGAAUACUAAUUCAAGUUGGACUCGGUUCUUGCUUCUUGCUUUUGUGACUUGGGAAAAUGCCGUACACAAUUAAUUUCAAUGCAUUGAGAGAUUUACACAACUCCGCAAAUGAUCUCCUUCACUCUCCAAUGAUUCAGAAAGCCCUGCUUCACCAGGGACAUGAGAAAUGGGUGCAUCAAGUCUCCGAAUCAUCCCUCCAGAUGCUCGACGUUCUUGGAAUUUCCAGAGACGUUCUUCUCCUCGUCAAAGACAACGUCCAGGACCUCCGGUUCGCAUUGCGAAGGGUAAGCACCGACGACGUCGAGUCCAAUAUCAGAACAGAAAUAGCCGUUUACACCCAGUACAGGAAGAAGCUGAAGAAAGAGACCCUCAAUGGUGGUGGCCAUGCUGACGGAAGUCAGGGCCACGACGACCUGCAUUGUGUAGCCGUUAUCUCUGUUUUCCAUCCCCUGGUUGGAGAAAGAUCCGGGAAAGGGUCAUUCGGGUUGAAGAUAAUCCGGUCGGGUUGCAAAGACUUUUAUGGCAUAAGUGAUGAAUUGGCAGUUCAAAGUCUGGAGGCUGUGGAAGUCACCAUUGAAGAUCUUGAAGUUGAGCUUGAUUGAAUGUUUCAGAAGGUUGAUUCAGACUAGGGCUUUGCUUCUUAACAUACUUAGCAAUUACGGAAGAUUAUCCAUUUUUAAAAUGGGAAUCCUUUGAUUUAGAGCUUGUUCAUACUUUUACUAAUACAGCUUGGUAGAUAGCUGGAUUUAGUCAUGCCAGUACCUCGUAUCAAUGUAACAUUCUUUGAUUCUUUUCAAUAAGGAUGAUCAACCAUC